AUGAAGAACACCAGUACCACCACCUUUUACCUCUUCCUCCUCCUCAUCUCAACCACUCUCCUCCUUGCCCCGGCGACCACCGCGGUGACUUGCGGCAUUGUUGCAGCCAAAGCUGCGCCAUGUCUAGGCUUUGUUACCGGUAAGGUUGCCAAGGUUCCGGCAGCGUGUUGUUCCGGGUUGUGGCAAUUGGCACACAGUGCUGUCACCGUCACUGAUCGCCGAGCUAUUUGCGCAUGUUUGAAGAAUGCUGUUAAGGCAUUCCCUGGUGUGAAGGAGCAGUACUUGAGCCAAGUCCCAAAGGCUUGCCACAUUCCUGUUCCCUUCCCUGUUUCACUUAACACCAACUGCAACCAGGUGCAUUGA